ACAACACAACACGAUCACACACACAAACCAAACGAAUUUGAAAAUGGGUACCCACUAAAAUCGAGUUUUCCUGCUAAAAUGAGAGAAAAUAAUUUUGGGUUGGAAUCUUUUCCACUUUGAAUUCUCUGAUAAUUCGCCGAUCUCACAUUUGCCUGAAAAUUCCAUAAAUUUGCUCAAAUUUCCAUUCUUUGUGAGUUAAAGAUUUGAUCUUUGAACGACAACCUGUGCCAACCAAGAGGCUUUCAAAUUGAGACUGGUGGAGUCAAGCAACUCGCAGUUCAUGUUUAUCUGACAAUGGGUAUUGAAUUGCUGAUGUUUUGCGUUUGAUCGAUCCUUUUUUGGCAUGGUUCCUGAGAUAUGGUGGUACAGAAGAGGCUAGACUAUGGAUUUAAUGGCUAUCAGGUGCCAACCAAGCGUCGAGCUACCCGAUCAGCUAGGAGGAGGGCUACAUUUCAAAGAAGGGUGGAAGAAAGUCAAAUGUAUGCUUUUGACUUAUUGGCCACCGUAGCUGACAAUUUGUUGCAAGCGAAACAGAAUCCAACCAUGUCUACUGAUAGAUCAUCAGAAAAGGAUUGGCAUGGAUUUGUGAAAGAAGAGUGUCAGGAUGCUAACAAACCAUUCAAAGCUGAGCUUUCUGAUGAUGUAAGUUGUGACAGAAAAUGUCAGCAUGGAUUUAUCAAAGAAGGGAGCCCGGAUGCAAAUAAGCCUUUCAAACCUGAGCUUUCUGAUGAAGGAGUUUGUGACAGAAAAUGUUUUCCUAAUCUUUCUUCACAAGUAUACAAUCAAAAUUGCUGUUUGAAGGAACUCUCACAUCCUGAAAUUGAUGGCCAUUCAUGCAUUGCUUCUAUAGUAACAAGUUCUAGUUGCUCGGAGAAGUUUAAUGCUGAGAUAUUGGUGGGUGGAAAAAAUCAUAAUGAAAUGGAAAAUUUUACUAGCAAAGUUGAAUUAGGUUCCUCUGGGUGUCCAGAGAGUAGUGGUAGCAAGUUAGAUGGUGAUGUAAGUAAAGUAAAGGAUGAGCUGCAUAAGUUUGAGAAGGUGCCAAUUGGUACUGGAACUGGGAUGUGCUGUUUUGAGGAUCCCUUGGAUGAAAAACGUCCUACACUGAUUAGUUCAGGUGGCAAUGCCAAGUUGUCUGGGUAUGAUGACAGCAUGCCUUGUAGCUCAUUGUCCAAAGGUUGCGACAAUGUACCAAUAGUUAGUAGAGAUGAUGACGAAAACUUUUCUGGGUGUGCUCACCCUAGUACCAAAAUAAAGCCCUUUAGGCCAAUGACAUGUAUAGGUGAUCAAAGAAUAAGGAAAAAAGUGGCUUCUAAAUAUCGGAAAGUUGCUCUAGAUUCAAAGCAUGAUACACUUUCUAACAGUGUUUUGGAUGGAAAUUUGAAGCCAGUUUACAGCAGUAGGAAGAACUAUUAUAAACACCAAAGGUCUCAAAUGAAUAUUCCUUUCAAAAAGAGGAAGCUUUUUCACUGUAGCUCUGUUUCAAAUUCUGACGGAUUUAUCAGAAGUGGUGGGAAUUAUUAUUCACCUGGGAACGACAUAAAUCAAGGUGUUUCUUGUUCAUAUUCUAGGAUGUGCGAAGAUCCUGGAAUGUCAUCCUUGGAAGCACAUCAACAUCCUUCAUUACGAUCUAGAGAUUCUCAUGUGAAGCUUAGGAUCAAAUCAUUUAGAGUGCCAGAGCUUUUUAUUGAGAUUCCAGAAACUGCAACCAUUGGGUCCUUGAAGAGGACAGCAAUGGAGGCAGUGACUGCUGUACUGGGAGGUGGAUUGCGUGUUGGUGUGAUUCUCCAUGGAAAGAAGGUUAGAGAUGACAGUAAAACUCUACUUCAGACUGGAAUUUCUCAUGAUAACCAGCUUGAUGCUUUGGGCUUUACCCUGGAGCCUAAUUCUUCACAAAACCUACAACCCGCAUGUGCUACAGAUUCUCUCAAUGUUCCUAUUGCGGACAUGCCUCAGCCUUUAAUACGGUGUUCUUCCAGUCCUGCGGUAGUUCAUCAAAGGAUUCAGGACUUUUCUGACAAGUUACCUGAGCAUCGAGUAAUUAAUUUAGGUAACCUUGUUGAAAGUGAUCAUGAUUCAGCAACUUCUCCUAUCAACACAUCAGUUGAAAAAAAACUGACAGAUUCCAGAGAACUGAUUACUAUUCCUGAAUUGGGUAUGGAGGCACUAGCUAUGUUACCUGUGCACCAGAAGUCAAAGCGAACUGAGAUCGUGCAGCGCCGAAUUCGUAGGCCUUUUUCUGUUGCAGAAGUGGAAGCACUGGUUCAAGCAGUUGAGAAACUCGGAACUGGAAGGUGGCGUGAUGUUAAACUUCGUGCUUUUGAUAAUGCAAAGCAUCGGACAUACGUUGAUUUGAAGGAUAAAUGGAAAACCUUGGUGCACACGGCAAGAAUAUCCCCUCAGCAAAGAAGGGGAGAGCCUGUUCCUCAAGAACUUUUGGACAGGGUCCUAACUGCCCACGCAUAUUGGUCCCAGCAACAGACUAAGCAACAGAUCAAGCAGCACCCAGAAACUUGUCUUCUCCUUUCAUAAUGGGGUUGACAGCACCAUGUGGCUUUGUAUAUGGGGUUGGUGUUCAGGUUUCUUACCAUUACCGUUACUUAGUAAAGUAUCAUUUUUUCUUUCCUUUCUCUAUCAAUAAAAUAUCUGUUUAUCUCCUAUCAUGUAAAAAGACGAUAAAAAGGAAGAAAGUGAAGCUCCCUGCCCGGCAAGGCUACUUCUUGUA